UAAUUACAGUGUAGAAUAACAUUAAUAGUACACGAUAAAAGCCGUCGCACAUCGGAGGAUUUGUUUUUGCAAUGCUUAAAAAAAAUACAUUUAAAGUUAUAAAUUAAAGUAACAGUUAGCGUGCAAAUAGACAUACCGACAUUCAAUGCCGGCAAAUAAAUUUAAGAUGUGUGAAAUAAAUUCGUUCUAAGCUACUAUAUAUCAACUUUUGUUCGGCUUGAGUUUUGAUUUUGUAUUACCAUAAAAGUUCUUUAAUGAAGCCUACUCAGUCCGGUGGUAGUGGCACCAGUGCCACUAAAAUGGGCGAACCCAUCGAGUAUGUUACCCUUAUUAGUGAUGACUCCGACGGCGAGCCGUCGCCCAAACGAAAUCCUUCUGGGAGUGGUAGUCAGGCUGCUAGCCAUACAAAGGCAAAAUUCGAUGAUGAUUCCAAUGACACACCCGCCACCAGUGACGAGCGACGUACCAGCCGGCGUAACAAGCCCAAGGUCGACUACACAAAUAAACCGGCAACUGCCAGUGCGGAGAAUACGGCCUCCGACAAAUGCAGUUCUGGCUCUUCGGGUAGCAGCUCGGGCCCGACAGAUAAGCGCAGUCAGGGACAGGCCGAACAACGUACCCGCAAGUCGGAGGCUGGGGUUAAUCAGAGUACGGGCACUGGAUCACGCAGUACUUUGCCAAAGGAUACGAAUGGGACCAAUGGAGAAGCGCGUGACAACAGCACCCCUACGGUACUCUCGGGUCAGGAAGGUGCCGUCUUUCAGUCGCGUCUGCCCUUUAGCAAAAUGACACCCAACGAGGAGGCGUGCUUCCCAGACAUAAGCUGCUCGGGCAUACUUGGUCAUCGAGUGUUCCUUAAUAUACGCAACAGCCUGCUGCACAUGUGGGUGGAUAAUCCCAAGACACAGUUGACUUUUGACAGUGCGCUCAAGCGACUACCGCCGCCCUUUGACAGUGACCCGAAUCUGGUGAGGCGAGUGCACUCGUUUCUGGAGCGGCACGGCUUCAUAAAUUUCGGCAUCUUUAAGCGGCUGUCGCCAAUACCCAGUAAAAAACUUGGCAAGGUAAUCGUAAUUGGCGCGGGAAUUUCCGGACUGGCCGUUGGGCAACAGCUGCAACAAUUUGGCAUGGAUGUCAUUGUGCUGGAGGCAAGAGAUCGGGUUGGCGGCCGCAUUGCCACCUUUCGCAAAAAUAGCUACAUUGCAGACCUUGGCGCCAUGGUAGUAACUGGCGUCUACGGCAAUCCCAUGACCAUUCUAAGCAAACAGAUUGGCAUGGAUCUGGUGCCAAUCCAGCAGACAUGUCCGUUGUACGGACCCGACGGAAAACCGGUACCGAAAGAAAAGGAUGACGUUAUCGAGCGUGAAUUUAACCGCCUGCUGGAGUCCGCAAGCUAUUUGUCGCAUCGUCUAGACUUCAACUAUGCCGGCAACAAUCCCGUUUCAUUGGGCGAUGCGCUCGAGUGGAUCAUCAAUAUGCAAGACAAAGCUGUGCAAGAGAAACGAGCUGCCCAUAUGCACGAGAUCAUUGCUGCCCAAACAAGAAUCAUUGAACAUCGAAAACGGCUGAAAGCCACUUUACAGAAGAUUGCGACGCUUAAGUCAGAUCUCCAAAAUCUAGUUAAACAGCGACUGCCAAGGAGCGCGCACAAUGAAAAUAGUUAUGCAUCCCAGGAGUACGCGAUUCGCAACACUCAAAUCAAACUGGAGGAUGCUAUAAGCGCCGAGGCGGAGCAACGCAUCGAGGGCCAUAAAUUGGAGAUGAAACUGCAGGAGAUCGAACAGAACGCGCCGAGCCAGGUUUACCUAUCCUCGCGUGAUCGUCUGAUACUCGACUGGCACUUUGCCAAUCUGGAGUUUGCCAAUGCCACCCGCCUAGACAACUUGUCGCUGAAGCACUGGGAUCAGGACGAUGACUUCGAGUUCAUUGGGCACCAUACGACAGUGCGAAAUGGAUACUCCUGUGUGCCAGUUGCUCUCACCGAGAAUAUAGACAUACGUCUAAACAGUGCGGUCAAGGAAAUCAAGUACAACAGCAAGGGCGUUGAGAUUGUGGCCGAAAAUCUGAAGACUUCAAACUCGCUUAUGACUUACAAGGCCGAUUUGGCCGUCUGUACGCUCACGCUAGGCGUUUUAAAGGUAGCCGUCACACAGGAGGAAGCACAUCAUGCCAAUACCGUGAAAUUUGAUCCGCCACUGCCAGACUGGAAGCAGCAGGCGAUACGUCGGUUGGGAUUUGGCAAUCUGAACAAGGUGGUACUCUGUUUCGAUCGUAUAUUCUGGGAUCCCAAUGCGAAUCUCUUUGGGCACGUGGGCAGCACGACAGCUAGUCGUGGGGAAAUGUUUCUCUUCUGGAGCAUCAGUUCGUCACCCGUGCUGCUGGCUCUUGUCGCUGGCAUGGCGGCCAAUAUCGUGGAGAGCGUGACAGAUGACAUCAUCAUCGGGCGCUGUAUGUCCGUGUUGAAGAACAUCUUCGGCAAUACAUCGGUGCCACAGCCUAAAGAGACGGUCGUCACUCGCUGGCGCAGUGAUCAAUGGGCCCGCGGCUCAUAUAGCUAUGUGUCAGUGGGCUCCUCUGGCAGCGACUAUGAUCUGCUCGCCGCACCUGUAAUUCCGCCCACCGGUUUUGAGCCACAUUUCAGCAAAGACGCCGAGGAACUGCCGCGGCUCUUCUUUGCCGGUGAGCACACGAUACGCAAUUAUCCGGCCACUGUCCACGGCGCGUAUUUAAGCGGGUUGCGUGAGGCUGGACGCAUUGCCGAUUACUAUUUAGGCUAUCCGGAAGGUACGCCGCCGGACAUUGGCUACUCUGUCACAGAAGCUGCUAAUUCGGUUUCAGUCGGGAAUGUGGUAAAGCUGCGCGACCUUUCCCCACAUCUAUCCGACUCGCCCGUGUCAAAAAAGUCUGAGGAGAACUCAAACAUGGCCGAUUCGACAGAUGUGCAGUAAUUUUUGUAUUUUUUUAAUGUUGAGCAACAACCGAAGACCAUUUUAGAAAUAUAGUUAUGUCAAAUAUAU